AUGCCAGUAAGACCAGAUCUCCAACAGUUGGAGAAAUGUAUUGAUGAUGCUUUAAGAAGAAAUGAUUUCAAACCUUUGAUGACACUUUUCCAAAUCGAUAUUCAUGAAGAUGUGAAGAUUAAAUGCAGCAAGCAGUUUUUGCACAAGUUGGAUGACUUAAUAUGCAGAGAAUUUAAUAAGCAAGAGAUAAAUACUCUUACAGCCAUUUUGAUUUCUAUUGGAAGAUGUGGCAAAAAUAUCUCUAUACUGGGGCAAUCUGGACUUCUGACCAUGAUAAAACAGGGACUGGUCCCAAAGAUGGUUUCCUGGUUUGAACAAUCAAAGGAGAUUAUUCUUAGUCGAGGACAGUCCAAAGAUGAAGCUGUAAUAAACAUGACAGAAGACUUAUUUGAUCUUUUGAUGAUCAUAUACGACAUCAGUGACGAAGGUAAAAAGCAAGUAGUGGAAAGUUUUGUUCCGCGAAUUUGUGCCCUCAUUGUUGAUUCAAGAGUGAAUAUUUUCAUUAAACAAGAGGCUUUAAAAAAAAUGAAUGCUAUACUUGACAAAAUGCCUCAAGAUGCCAGAAAAAUACUCUGUACCGAAGAAAUGUUAACCCUCAUGAGUAACAUGGGAGAAAGGAUUUUAAAUGCAGGUGAUUAUGAUUUACAAGUAGGCAUUGUGGAAGCCUUAUGUAGAAUGACUACCGAAAAACAAAGACAAGAACUGGCAUGUCAGUGGUUUCCAAUGGAUUGUAUUGCUAAAGCAUUUAAAGGAAUUAAAGACUGUGACUUUGAAACUGAUUGCAGGGUGUUUCUCAACUUGGUUAAUGGCAUGCUUGGAGAUAAGAGAAGUGUUUUUACAUUUCCCUGUUUGUCAGCAUUUCUUGAUAAAUAUGAGCUGCAAAUACCAUCAGAUGAUAAGCUUGAGGAAUUUUGGAUCGACUUUAAUCUUGGGAGCCAGACUCUGUCAUUCUAUAUUGCUGGAGAUGAUGAUGAUCAUCAGUGGGAAGCAGUAACUGUGCCUGAGGAAAAAGUUCAUAUAUACAGCAUUGAAGUGAGAGAAUCAAAGAAGAUACUGAGUAUAAUUAUGAAAAAUGUUGUAAAAAUUAGCAAAAGAGAAGGGAAAGAAUUGCUUUUAUAUUUUGAUGCAUCACUAGAAAUCAUGAAUGUGACUCAAAAACUUUUUGGUGCAAAUAAAUACAAGGAAUUUACCAGAAAACAAAGUAUAUCAAUUGCCAAAACAUCUGUUCAUAUAAUUUUUGAUGCAAGUGGAUCACAGAUACUAGUGCCAGAAAGUCAGUCCUCACCAAUAAAAGAAGACCUAGUGCACUUCAAUGAAAAAUCUAACUUGUCAAAGAGUUUUGCUAGCCCUUCAAAACAUAUCAGUGACAGUAACCCAGAGGACAGAAAUAGCCAAAUUGAGAUAACUACUCCUAUAAAAAGGAAAAUGUCUGAAGCAUCAAUGAUUAUUCCUGAUGCAGAGAGAUACCCUGUGAGAAGUCCAGUGCUUUUAGUCAACACAUCAACACCACGAAAAAGAAUCAAGCUACCACUACAAAUGAUGAGUUCUACAGAAAAAGCUGAUGUUUCUAAAACAUCAAAAACUGGAAUGGAUAAUGCUGUGUCACAUAAACCUAAGCCAUCUGAAAGAAGAUAUAGAGGAAAUAAUAUGGACAAUCAUAUCAAAACUACUGAAGUGGUAGAAAAGACAGAAAAUAAAGACACUGAAUGCCCAGAUCAAAAUUUCAAUGAACUGCAGGAUUCACAGGCAGUGGGAAAAAUAAAUCAAUCUGUGUUACCUAAUGUUACAGACAACAUCUGUAGAAAUAGAAUGCACUCCAGAUGGGCAUGUUGGACACCUGUAACAACUAUUAAACUCUGUAAUAACCAAAGAGCCAGUAUUAUAUCAGGUGAUUCUCUCCCAUUAGAUACUGGUGUCAGCAGAAAAUGUACUAGACCAAAAUUACCCCUAUCUGUUGAUGGGUCUGAAGAAACACAAAAGGUGAACUACAGGAAAGAAAUGACUGAGCCAAACAAGACAGAUAAAGCAGAGAAUUGCAAAAAAAACAGUGAACAGCAAAGUCAUUCAAAAGGUUCAGAGCCUCAAAGAAGUGCUACAAGUGCCAGGCCAAGGGAUUGGCACGUUGAAUCUGAGACUACUUUCAAGUCAGUGCUCCUAAAUAAGACCACUGAAGAAUCUCUCAUUUAUGAGAAGAAAUGUAUCUUGUCAAAAGAUAUGAAUACUACUAUUUGUGAUAAAAACCCUGCUCUUGGCAAAAAUGUGAGGAAUCAUACAAAAUCUGUGAAAGAAUUGACUUCGGAAAGUAAUUCCUGCAAUUUGAAACAAAAACCAAUGAGAGAAAAGUCAAAAGGGUCAGGAUUUACUGAUGCAGCUGAGUCCUUAAUAAACCAAAUUAAUAAGCGAUACAACCCAACUGAUAACAGAAAGUCUACAAGAAAAUCAAAGGAGCUGAAUGUCAGUGGGUUUUCAAACAAAUCUGGCCUUCAACUCAGUAAGGUUCGUAAAAAAAGUUACAGAAAACUGAAGACCACUUUUAUUAAUGUCACUUCUGAAUGCCCACUGAAUGAUGUUUACAAUUUCAGUUUGAAUGGUGCUAAUGAACCUGUUAUAAAACUUGGAAUCCAAGAAUUUCAAUCUACAGCUAGAGAAACCAGCAUGGAUAAUUCAAUAAAACUGGUGGGUAUACAAAAUUAUGAUGGAUGUGACCCUUCUCACAAAACCAAAGAUAAAAGACUUACAACAAGUCAUGAGAAGAAAACACUAUUUAGUGAUACUGAAACAGAAUAUGGAUGUGAUGAUGGCAAGACUGACAUUAGCUGGCUGGAAGAGUCAAAAUCAAAACGGCAGCUAAUAGACUAUAGCAGAAAUAAAAAUGUGAAGAAAUACAGAAGUAGAAAAUCAAGACCAUCCUUGGAAAAGGGGCAGCCAACAGCUGCAGUGUCCCAUAAAGGUACCACUAACAAGGAAGAGGAGAUAGUUCGAGAUGGGAGAACUAGACUUCCACGAAGAGCAACAAAAACAAAAAAAAAUUACAAAGAUAUCUCUACUUCAGAAUCAGAGUGUGAACAAGAAUUUUCACAUUCAUUGAAAGAGAAAGAGAAAUUGCCAGUACAGGAGGAGACUAUCCAUUCCAGAACCCAAACCAUGAAACUCCUAAAGAAACAACAAAAAGCUUUCUCUACUGAAACGCCCAAAGGACCUCCAAAAGAAAAGAAAAGCUCACCUGAACAACAAGAUUAUGUGAAUAAUAAUAGCCUUGACUCAUCUUUUCUGUCUGCCUCUGGGAGCUCAUCUGUAGAAGUGCUGAGAUGUAUAGAGAAAAUAACAGAAAGUGAUUUUACUCAAGAUUAUGACUACAUAACAAAAUCUCUAUCACCUUAUCCAAAACCUGUGCCACCUGAAUCCUCAAACAGUAGCAAUAAAGUUGGAGGCCUGGGAAACUCACUUAAAAACAAUGACACAAACUCACUGAGUGCAAGGGAAAGUUGCUCACCCAUUCUAAGACCACAUGUUAUGGAAAGCCAUGCAGCAUCUCCAUUAUCUAUGUCCAGUGAAAGAAGAGAGAAAAUAUGGGUUGACAUGACCAGUGACAAUACUCAUGUGUCAGGCCCCAGUCAUCAUCAUAGUCAUAAACACAUGUACAUAGAAGAUUAUCUAAGUGAUUUUGAUGAAGAGGAAGAGUCUGAAGGAAGAGCUCAGUUGCUUCAUGGAAGAGUCUGUCAAACAGAAGUGUCUGAAAGUAUCACACCAAACUUUCCUAUUUCUGAAGACUGGCAAUAUGACUUAACAGAUGCACGGAUGAUUUCUAAGGCCAUCAACUCAGACUAUAAAAGGAAAAUGGAUACCCAACAUAAAAUUCUGGAUGACUUUAUGAACCAGACUUGCACAAUGAUUGAGGAUCAUAUGAAAACUCUGAACCAUGAAGUUGUAGAGCUCAGGGCUGAUAAACUUGAAAAAUUCCACUUAAUCAUCAUAGAUGAGAUGAAGAAACAUGAAAAAGAUGCACAGUCUAUGAAAGAUUUAGAGAAGGAAUUGCUGGACUUUGGGGAAAAGACAUUGGAGAAGCUCAGAGCUUAUCACAAAAAUGAUCGAGAGAGGAUUCAUCUUUUGAUGACUUCCCUGGAUAAAAUUUCUGUCUUUAACACUGAUCAUGAAGAAGCCAUUUUUACAUCUAAGAUGAGUUCGGUGAAAGAAAACAUGAAACUGCUUCAAGAAAGGCUUCUUCAAGAAAUGCAUGAAAAGGAUCUUCUCGAUCUACGUAGAGGAUUGGAUUCAAUAUUCAGACUUCAUGAAGGAAACACUAAUAUGUAAAAUCUAGUUUUUGUGAACACAUUUUAGUUACUUACUAGUGUGUAUGUGUA